CACCAUCCCGUGAGCCAACAGUUGUUUUCACAUUUCAACACGCUUAAAUUUUCCCUCUAUACCUUUCACUGGACCCCGAAAAAUACAAUCAACGAGACCGUCAAAGAUCGAAUCCUAAUAAACCUUCACCAUGUGCGGCGAACCCGAGACGACCAACGGCACCAAUGGCCUGCUCGUAAACAACCCCUCUGCGACCCCUGUCGUCCAACCUCCUGCUCCCCACCACUCGUCAUCGCCCUACCAGUCUGUCGGCGACUUUCUCUCCAACGUCGACAAGUUCCAGAUCAUUGAGUCUACUCUUCGAGAGGGCGAGCAGUUUGCCAAUGCCUUUUUCGAUACUGGUACUGUUUCCACGCCCCUCUUUUCCACAUUUGCCACCGCGCUGUCUGAAUUCGGUGUUGAUUUCAUUGAGUUGACUUCACCUUGCGCGUCUCCAAGCAGCCGUGCUGAUUGCGAGGCCAUCUGCAAGCUCGGCCUCAAGGUAGGCCAUCUGCCACUCCAUACCCGGUGUACACUCGAGGAUGCCAAGAUCGCGUGUGAUUGUGGCGUGUACGGCGUCGACGUCGUCAUUGGAACCUCCAGCUUCCUCCGAGAGCAUUCACAUGGCAAGGACAUGGCUGCCAUCACCAAGCAGGCCCUAGAGGUCAUCGCGUACAUCAAGAGCCGAGGUGUCCAAGUGCGAUUUUCUAGCGAGGAUUCAUUCAGCCUUUACAAGGCUGUCGAUCAGGCUGGUGUGAACCGUGUCGGUAUUGCCGAUACCGUCGGUUGUGCGUCGCCGAGACAAGUCUACGAUCUAGUACGAUGCCUCCGUGGUGUUGUCAAGUGCGAUAUUGAGUGCCACUUCCACGAUGACACAAGCUGCGCUGUUGCCAACGCGUACUCUGCUCUCGAGGCUGGCGCCACCCGUGAGAGGAAUGGAAUUUCAAGCCUGGGAGCAUUCCUUGCGAGAAUGAUCGUGGCGGCUCCGGAAUACGUCAAGGGCAAGUAUGACCUUCACCGUCUUAAGGAGAUCGAGAACAUGGUUGCCGAGGCUGUCCACAUCAACGUGCCCUUUAACAACCCCAUUACUGGGUUCUGUGCGUUUACCCACAAGGCCGGUAUCCACAGCAAGGCAAUCAACAGUACUUACGAGAUUAUCAACCCCGCGGACUUCGGCUUGGGCCGCUAUGUCCACUUUGCGCACCGUCUGACCGGAUGGAACGCGAUCAAGAGCCGAGUCGAGCAACUGGGCCUUCACAUGACCGACGCUCAAGUCAAGCUACUAACAAGCAAGAUCAAGGCUAUGGCCGACAUCCGUCCCCUCGCCAUCGACGAUGCGGACUCGAUUAUCCGAUCAUUCCACCUCGAUCUUCAAGAGGAUCAGACCAAGGAGAAUUAGGUGCGGAAAUGGCUAUGGGUUUAUACGAGGAAUUUUUGGGUUCCACAUUUGGCGUUAGAUUAAAAGUUUGGAUCAAGUCGACUUUUACACUGAACCUAUGGCCUUGCUUCUCUCCUUCAGUGAUUGUAUUGUACUAUCGCAGUUGAUGCGCAAGCUAUAGUGCUUGACGAUGCACGAGUUAGUGGGCUGCAUGUUACUCGCUAAUACAUGCGUGUGACUUGUCCUUGCGUUUUAUUCUCUCGAGCUACACACAUACUGACAACGGUGACAAGAGCUCAUGCUCUUUCCAAGUAGACAGAAGACCAAUGACAUGGGAGUUUCAGGAGAUGACGAGGUUGGCCAGACAGAGUGGACAAAGGGUUUAAGAAGAUCGGCUUAUUCGACUUUAACCUGUUUCGAGAAAGUCGAGGAGAUGCCUGACGUUUUUCACUGACCGCUCAUGGCUGGCCUUUUGCACCAAAU